AUGAUGAUAUUGUUACUUCUGGUUUUGGCGAUUUCUGGAAUUGUCGCCUAUUAUAUCUAUUUCGAAUCGCAAAGAAAACAGAUCCGUGAAAAACUAAACGUUGUUGUCGAAAAACGGCGAGCGGAGGUUCGCGAAAGCAUCGAAUAUGCGACGAAAGCUGCUGCUCGCCUGAAUCCCGAAAUUCGCGAUAAAAUCGCUAAAUUGGAUUUUCAAGAAUUGCAGAAAGCAAUGCAAAAUGGCGAAUUCAGUUGUCAUCAGGUCAUUUUGACAUACUACCACAAAGCGGUCAUUGCGAAUGAAAAAACAAACGCUAUCACUCUGUUUAUAAGGGAAGCCGAAGAAUGGGCCAAAGAAUGGGAUGAAAAAGCGAAAGAGCCCGAUUUUAAGAAGCCGCCUUUGUUCGGAAUCCCGCUAUCUCUCAAAGAAUGUGUUAUGAUCAAAGGGUAUGAUCAGACACGUGGAUUUGUUCAAGACGUUUUCCAUCCAGCGACAAAGGAUUCCAUUCAAGUGGAGCAUUUCAAAAAACUUGGCUUGAUUCCUUUCUGCCAAACGAAUGUUCCACAAUCUCUGCUUUCCUACAAUUGCUGUAAUCCGAUCUAUGGAACAACAAAUCAUCCAAUGGAUAGGAAUCGCACAAGUGGUGGAUCGUCGGGCGGAGAGGCCGCACUUCUGGCAGCCGAUGGAUCACUCAUCGGAAUGGGAGGAGAUGUUGGCGGAUCAGUGAGAAUCCCAUGCCAUUUCACUGGAACAGCUGGAAUCAAACCUUCAAAAAUGAGGUUUGCACAUCGCGGAUCGGGAUCGAGUGUUCCUGGAAAACCGAUGAUCGAUGCAAAUGACGGGCCGAUGGCGAAGGAUGUCAAAACGAAUGUCGAAUUCUUGAAACAUGUGUGGGGAGACAGCUUCCAAUCAAAUGCCGAUCCAUAUUGUCCACCGGUCAAAUGGGAUCAAGAGCAGUAUUCGAAGAAGAACCUCCGCAUCGGGUAUUAUGUCGACGAUGGUUGGUUCACACCGACACCUGCUCUUCAACGCGCAGUUCUCGAAGCCAAAGAGCAUUUGGAGAAGGCUGGCCACACAUUGAUCCCAUUCCAUCCACCGAGAGUUCCCGAAGUCAUGCACAUGUAUUAUCGCGCAGUUUGUCUCGACGGAGGGCAAUAUAUUUUGAGAAAACUUCUUAAAGAUCUGAUUGAGCCAACAAUCUACAUGCAAGUGACGAUUUGGAUGGUACCAUUGUGGGUUCAACGGGUUCUCAGUCUUCCCUUUUCGUUCUUUUUCCCUCGAAUGGCUUUGCUGAUGCGAGCACUCACAAGAGACACAUUCAAGCUUCGCGAAGCAUACGCCGAUAUUGAGGAGUAUCGCGGCCAAUUUGUAGAACUCAUGAUGAAAGAUAAUAUCGACGCGAUUCUCUGUCCGCCGCAGAUUAUGCCAGCUCCUGCCCAUGAUAUUCCAUCAAAAUUGGUUUCUGGAAUCAGUUACACUUGCAUUUUCAAUCUUCUCGAUUUUGGAGCUGGCGUGGUUCCAGUGACUCAUGUGACAAAACUUGAUGAAGAAAAACUGAAAGAUUAUCCAGAAACUGAUAAGUGGUACAGUUUAGCGAAAGAAGCCACCAAAGGAUCCGUUGGUCUUCCUGUUGGCGUACAAGUUGCUGCUCCACCAUAUAGAGAAGAGACAGUACUGCGAGUGAUGAGAGAUAUCGAAAUCGCAGUCACUGGCAAAUAG